UCUUCGGGUUUGUGUAUUGACGCUGCAUCUUUUGCCUUUUUGUGUAUUUUGAGAAGAGAAAAGUAUUUUUAACCAUGGACGAAACAACAAAGUUACGCGAGGAGGAAUUAAGUAAAAAGCAAAUUUGCCGCUUUUGUUUGGCGCAGAACAAACUCUCGUCAAUUUUCCGGGAAAAUCAACGUAUUAAGUCAACAGCAGCUCUGCCGCUUCAAAUAAUGGCAAUUACUUCGAUCGAGGUGAUUAACGACGACGGGAUGCCUUCUUUAAUUUGCUUGGACUGCAGGUUACUUUUUGAGCAUUGUUAUCGCUUUAAGCAAAUGUGUAAGCGAGCAGAGACGUUACUGAGGCAAUAUCCAUUGACUGGGUCGUUGCCUGAGGAGCCAUUGGAAAAACCACGAGCUCCUCUUAUAGCAACUCAAGCGAGGAAGGAUUUGGGUCUUAAAGAUUCACAACCAAAGAAAUUAUUAAAUUCGUUGGUUAAAUCGAAUCAGUUGGUAAUAGAAGAUGUCCAGGUGAUGGAGACCAGCUCAUUGACCUCUACAAUUUCUACCUCAAAGAAGGGUAAAUCUGCUUAUCAAAUGAAAGUAGAGAAUAACCAAGAAUUGUCCAUGGAUGAUGUGCACAAUUUAAUUGCUGAGCUCGAGGAAGAAGCUUUGGCCACUGAACCGGAAGACACUCCUUCUAAUCCAAAUCCACCAUCUGUACGUGCUCCAACACCGGCCACUGCUCCACAGCCAACACCUGAAGUCGUACCAAGUAGACCCAAAGUAUUAAACAAAUCGUCAAUGCGAAUUUUAAAUAAGGUAGCCUCUCAGCCUGUCGAGCCACGCCUUUCAACACCCCAAAUCCAAAGGGAUGAGGAUGGCAAUGUGGCGGCCAUAGUUACGGAAAUAAUUGAUCCACGUGAUUUGGACGGAGCCGAAGAUCCCACUAAAAAUGCUGCCCCUGUGGCAACCAAUGUAUUCCCCUGUCCAGAUUGCGAACGCUCUUUUCCUUUGGAGCAGCUGCUAGAGAUUCAUCGUCUGAAUCACUCGCGAAAACGCAGCUUCCAGUGUCCGGAUUGCGAUAAAAGUUUCUUCUCGAAAUAUGAUCUGCAGAAGCACAACUUUAUCCACACCGGCGAGAAGCCGUUCCAAUGUACAGCGUGCGAUAAGGCUUUUACACGGAAGGCCCUGUUGCAUCGCCAUGAACGCACCCAUACGGAUAUACCGAAAUUUCUAUGUCUAUUCUGUGAAAAGCCAUUCCUCUCCAAGGAAGAGAUGAUGAAGCACGCGGAACGGCAUACGAAACAAAGAAAUUUCCAGUGCGGCGUAUGCAACAAGUCGUUUGCUUUUAAGCAAGGACUAGAGCGGCAUGAGGUUAUCCACAGUAACAAUUUGCCAUUCUCGUGUCAGCACUGUAAUCGAAGCUUUGUUACCGCCUGUAAAUUGGCCCGUCACCUGGUGGCCCAUGCUGGCAAGCGUGUCUAUCCCUGUAAAUACUGCAAUAAAUCAUAUUUGCUCUCCCAUCACCUGUCCCGACAUUUGCGAGUGCAUAAACAGGUAUCCGGCACCUCAUUUGCCUGCAGCAUUUGCCGGGAAACGCAUCAAACAUAUGAAAGUCUGGUGGAUCAUUCCUCAGGUCAUGCAGAAGUGGAUUUGGUUUGCCCCUUGUGCAAGGAGAAUAUCCUUAGCACCGAUCAAAUUCAGAGUCAUCUGCAAACUCAUAAGGACAACGAGCGAUUUGCUUGCGAAUUUUGCGAUUAUAUUUUCCUCAAUCAGAACCAACUUCAGAAGCAUAUUGAAGAUGAUCAUGUGGUUGAUAUGGUGCCCUAUCAAGAGGCCGAUAAAGCUAAAGCUGAGGUGAAAUCUGAAGACGAAACGGAAUUUCUUCAAGAGCUUCUUGACGAGGACUGGGUGGAUGAAUCCACAAAGUCUUCCGCUUCACCGCCAGCAAAAAUGAUCAAAUUGUCUCUCCCGAAGAAAACCACAACAACCUCGCCCUCUUCCCCUGAAGACAAGCGCCAGACACGCAGCCGAGAUGGUGCUAAAAAAUAUAAGUCACACGAGACGGUCAAGAAACCACAUAGGGACAGUGAACCAAAGAAGGAAGUUAUAAACAAACAGGGUCGCCUAAUAAGGAAUGGAAAACCAACAGGCCAAGCAAAAAAACAUCCCGCUUAAGGAAAAUUCAUUUUCUAUCAUUCACUUUUAUAUACACAAAAAGCUAUCACCAACUUGUAAAGUCGAUUAAAUUUGAAUAAAAUUUCAUAUGCUCAAAA